AUGGACUUCUUCCAAUCACAAAACCAACAAAAACAGCACUUGCCAAAACACAGCAGCAACAACAAGAAGAAAAAGCUAACACAAGACCAAGUGAGGCUACUAGAGAGAACCUUCACAACCAACAAGAAGCUUGAGCCUGAGCUUAAAGUCCAACUUGCAAACCAUCUAGGGGUGCCACCAAGACAAAUUGCUAUUUGGUACCAAAACAAGAGAGCAAGAUGGAAGACACAGAGCCUUGAGCUUGAUUAUAAUACACUCCAAGUGAAACUAGAGAAUGCAUUAGCCGAUAGGAGGCGACUAGAAAGAGAAGUGGUGCAACUUCAAGAGGAGUUGAGGAGGGCUCAACAAGUGGUGUUCACUUUGAACCAAGGACCAGCAGCUCAACCUCCUGUUAAUGUUUCUUGUAACUCCUCUUGCGAUGAGGGAGGCAACUCUAGCUUGUAUGAGGAAGUGAAUGGUGAGGUUUUGCAACUGGAAGAUCUCUAUGCUUGUUUGUAUGGUGCUGGUGGAGAGGGCUUGGUUGAUGAUGGUCUCGAGCUAGUUAAUGGCGAUGGUUGGCCGGAUGAGAGCACAAAGGAGGUUGUUAUGGAAGGACUCUCGGUUGAGUGA